AUUAACUUGUUCUCCAGAACCGGAGGAAACAGAACGAACACAUCGAAGUCCGACAACUGUCAAAUGACAAUAGAGAACACAAUUACGAAGAAAGGAUCGUUGAGCCUGAAACGUUGUAAUGGCAGCGGAAAUAAAACCUGCACCGGGUGUAAAUAAUGACAAAUUCAGUACAAGCCGUAAGCCGAUACUUUUGUCGAAAUUUGAGGGCUGCCACGACGAUGUCAACGCGGCGAUAAUAAUCCCACGGGAAGACGGAGUUAUAAGUGUCUGCGAUGACAGAACUGUCAGAGUAUGGCUGAAAAGAGAAUCCGGCCAAUAUUGGCCCAGCAUCUGCCAAUAUAUGCCGGCAGGUGCCACAGCAAUGCAUUAUUAUGUCGAAUCAAGGCAGCUAUUUGUCGGACUUGAAAAUGGGAGCAUAAAUGAAUUUCUACUGGAACAAGAUUACAAUCGUAUGACAGCGAUGCGAGAAUAUCCGGCUCAUCAGGCACGUGUGUCGGGUGUAAUAUACGCUCCCUGUUACGAAUGGGUUCUUAGCAUUGGUCGUGAUCAACAAUUUCAGCUCCAUUGUACAGAGACAGGUCGCAAACUCGGUUCUUACGGUAAAGCGAGCAAUCGUUAUGGCUAUUUGGACAGCGUUUGGUACACGGCUCUGCAAUUUGACGAGCAAUCAAAACACGCUUUCAUCGGUGAUUUCGGCGGGGAAAUAACGAUGCUCAAAGUCGAAGCUGCGAAGAUCGCUUUAGUCACGUUACUCUCAGCUCACACCGGAAGCAUAAGGACUUUGGCCUGGGACACAGAGAAACAACUCUUGUUUUCAGGAAGCUUUGAUCAAAACAUUCGAGUUUGGGACAUCGGUGGUCGCGAAGGUGUUGCUUAUGAGCUUCAUGGACACCGGAAUAAAGUGACAGCACUUUGUUACGCGAGUGCCGAACGAGUUCUGCUGUCCGGUGGCGAGGACGGGGUCAUAGUCUGCUGGAACAUGGCCGCUCCUAGGCGAGAAGCUGCGGUCUGGGAUGAUUCCGAUACUUGUCAAACUUGUGGACGACCAUUUUUCUGGAACAUGAGAGCCAUGAUGGAUCAGCGUCAAAUGGGACUUAGGCAACAUCACUGUCGUCAUUGCGGCCGAGCUUUAUGUGGUCGUUGCACGACGCAGCGGUUACCUAUACCAUCAAUGGGCUUCGAAUUUGAAGUUCGUGUUUGCGAUCAGUGUCACAUUCAACUUAAAGCCAGCGAACAAGCACCGCUGGCAUCAUUCCACGAUGCAAAGCACAGUGUAAGUGCGAUGGAUCUGGACGUAUCGCAACGAAAAUUAUUGACAGUGGGCCAGGACAGAGUCAUUAAGAUUUGGGACAUUACAGCUCUUCUCCAAUAAAUAAGAAUAUAAAUCGCUAUAUUUUGUGAUGGAGAAUACACAAAAUUGUAAGAACCGAGUUGAAGGAAACGAGUACGAACCAGAACCAACGACAAAUCAAAUACAACGCUAAAUGGGAAGAUACAAAACGAAGAUAUAAAAAUUACGUAAAAAUCGAGAGUAACUUAAACAAGCCACAUCUGGCUUUGAGCCUAUGCGCGUGCGAUCGCGAAUAAAUCGGAUCGCAGGCUAAUUAUUCGCUUGGUAACAUCCUAAAACUACAUUCUGUGAGAAAGUAUUCGCUGAUAUAAAGCGACGAAGCGAUAAACGAAAAUUGCAAAAGUACGAUUGUAGUAGCUAGCAAAAUUCAGGUAGUUUAUCGCAGAAUCGAAUUCUCUACAGACUGUUCCUCAUUCAUUGGGUAUUAUGCCAUAAGUGUAUAUUUGUAAAUGGUGUUAUCGUCAAGGGAUAUAUGAACUCUACACAUAUUUUCUUCGUACCCGGAUUAAAAAAAAAAAAAAAAUAGAAAAAAGCGCAGCUCCCUCGUUUUUCAAACAACAUUCGUGUGAUUGGAGUAUUUUUUUAGACUUUGAAACGACAAAACUUGAACGUGAAAACUGGGUCAGAACAACAUGAACGAAUAAGAAAACAGUCGAUGGAAGAUAUUUUAUUUCGUUGUCAAAUCAGGCUCUGACUGCCGAACAACAAUUACCAACGAUUCCUACUUUGCUAAAGUAAUUAUGUAUCUCCACUGUAUAUACAUAGCGUAAUCCUCGAUGGAUUACUCCAAAGUUUGUACUGCUUGAAGAAACAACAAAAAAAGACGCGAAAAUUUGAAAAUUCUUCGGUUUUUGUAUUUAGAUACCGAACGAAUUAGAAUCGAAGCGAUUCUUCUUGAGUCCAUUUUUCAUCGUAAUUCCAAAGGAUCUUAUUCCCGUACGUGUACUCGAUAUUAAAAUUGUUAUUACCACUGCGGUUUUCCGUCGCGAUUCAAUGGCUAGUUAUUUCGAAAUUUUUUCAUCGUUCAAAUAAUUUUUCGCCCUGAAGACUGCUCGUGUCCGAAGUUUCAUGACGUCACGAGUUGUUUUCAUUGUUUUGAGAAAUAACGAUAAUUCUUUUCGAUAACAAUAGUGGUGUCGUGUCGACAAAAAACAUUUUUGACUCUCCCCAAACUUGAACGAAAUAACAGAAAUAUCAUUGGAAAAUUGCAAUUUUUACUAAAUUACACGAAAAUCCAUUAAUCGUAAUUCAUUCGUGCACCGAUUGAUGCAAGUUAUUCAUUCUUUAUGUCAGUCAUUCCAAAGAUCUGCAAACCAAAAUUUCAUCAUUUAUCUUGCUAACAUUAAAAAAAAGAAAACUAAAAAAGCUUUUCUCACUUUUAGGCGCUGUCACUUUGUCGAAUGUUCGUAAUUUCUUAAAAAAUAAAUUCAAAAACAUAAGAACGUCAAGUCGUCGCUUAGAUUUGGAGAAAUCAUCAAUUGGUGCGUGAUUCCGAGGCCGAAAUCUAUUGGGUUUUCAUCGUUGUAUGUCAAAAACGUGUGGAAAAAAUGAAAAAUAACAAAACGUGGCUCGCGAGUGAGAUUCGAAAGUAAAAUAAUUACAUUAUACCGUUUGCGGAAUGCUGGCUGAAUGUCAACAAAUAUUAAAAAAUGGGGUGCUCUCAGAAUCGAUGAAUUGACGAAUAAAAAUCGAAAAAUGUGGAUUAUGAUCAAACCAUGAUUCGUUGAACGAUUAUUCUUUAUUCAAUUGGUCAACACAUUUUUCGUAAUUGAUAGUGACAACGCGCGCUUCCAUAUAGAAAUAAAUAUUUCCGUAAGUACGAGAAUAUGAAAAAAAAAUUUUAAAUAUACAAAAACAUGAAUAUAAAAAUUAACAAAGCUUCACUGUAACAAAAUAUUAUACGAGAGUGAAUGAACGCGAGUGUUUAUUUUAUUGCGAUGUUUAUUACAAUAGUAUAAUAAUGAACUUUCGCAACGCUUAAUUAAUCAUUCGGUUUUCAUCCGAUUUAUUCAUUCACUCAUUGUACGACGAAAUGAUAAAUUUGCCGAAUAAGCAUUAAUGUAUUUGUUUAUUAUCGUGUACGAAGUCUGGACAACGAGCUCUGUACUCGUUAAUCGUAAACUAAGCAGUCAGUCAUGUAUAAAAACUGAUCAAAAUAUAUAUACAGCACGUUAUCACUUA